GGAGAUGAGCGUGUCGAGAGCAGGAAAAGGGGGCGUAACCACUGCAUCAUUUAUUUUGUUUCAAAACAAACUAAGACUACCGGUGUUCAGAUAUUAUAUUUGUGAAGGAUAGAAGAGGAGCCAUGGCGAAGCAGCAGGACACAAAGAAAUUAUUUGAGAAUCUCUCUGGCGCCGGGAAAUCCAUCGGCGUUCUGACAAGUGGAGGAGAUGCUCAAGGUAUGAAUGCUGCUGUUCGGGCUGUGGUCCGCAUGGGUAUUUAUGUGGGAGCUAAAGUCUACUUCAUCCAUGAGGGUUACCAGGGUAUGGUAGACGGUGGAGAUAACAUUGAAGAGGCAUCAUGGGAAAGUGUCUCCAGCAUGUUACAAGUGGGUGGCACAGUCAUUGGCAGUGCCCGCUGCAAGGAGUUCCGCAGCCACGAGGGGCGUCUAAAGGCUGCCCACCAACUGGUUCUGCGUGGCAUCACCAACCUGUGUGUGAUCGGAGGGGACGGUAGCCUCACGGGGGCCAACCUCUUCAGAGAGGAGUGGAGCGGACUACUGGAAGAACUUGUCCGACAGGGUCUGAUUGAUGAGGAGGCUGCCCAGAACAACUCAGAGCUGCACAUCGUGGGAAUGGUCGGAUCCAUUGACAACGACUUCUGUGGCACUGACAUGACCAUCGGGACAGACUCUGCCCUGCACAGAAUCAUAGAGGUGGUAGACGCCAUCAUGACUACUGCACAGAGCCACCAGAGGACGUUUGUGCUAGAGGUCAUGGGAAGGCAUUGUGGGUACCUGGCUCUAGUCAGUGCUCUGGCCUGUGGGGCCGACUGGGUCCUGAUCCCUGAGAUGCCCCCUGAGGAUGGUUGGGAGGAACAUAUGUGUCAGAAACUAUCUGAGAACCGUGCAGAUAAGAAACGGCUCAAUAUCAUUAUUGUAGCUGAGGGGGCGAUAGAUUGCCACAACAAGCCUAUCACUACAAACCAUAUUAAGGAACUAGUUGUUAGCUGUCUGGGGUUUGACACCCGAGUCACCAUCCUGGGUCACGUCCAGAGAGGAGGAACCCCCUCUGCCUUCGACAGGAUCCUAGCCAGUCGUAUGGGAGUGGAGGCGGUCCUGGCCCUGCUGGAGGCGUCAGACAGUACCCCGGCCUGUGUGGUGUCUCUGUGUGGGAACCAGGCUGUCCGUCUGCCCCUCAUGGAGUGUGUUCAGAUGACACAAGAUGUCCAGAAAUCCAUGGACGAGAAGAAUUUUGAGGAAGCCGUGAGACUGCGUGGGAGGAGUUUCGAAAACAACCUGAACACCUACAAACUCCUCUCUUACCACAAAGCAGACUCUGAACUCCCAAAUAGCUCCUUCAACGUGGCUGUGCUGAACGUGGGUGCCCCUGCUGCGGGCAUGAACGCAGCUGUCCGCUCUGCCGUCAGGGUGGGCAUCAAAGAGGGGCACAAGAUGUUUGCCGUUAAUGACGGCUUCGAGGGAUUCUACAAGGGACAGAUAAAGGAGAUUACAUGGGGAGAUGUAGCAGGUUGGACCGGCCAAGGGGGGUCCAUACUGGGAACAAAGAGAACCCUUCCAGCGAAGCAUCUUGAUAAGAUCGCUGAACAAAUCAGGAUACAUAACAUCAAUGCUUUGCUUGUUAUCGGUGGAUUCGAGGCCAUCCUGGAAGUCAUAGAACUGUCCGCCGCCCGGGAGAAAUAUAAUGACUUCGGUGUCCCUAUGGUUAUGGUCCCUGCCACAGUCUCCAACAAUAUACUGGGCUCUGAUCUCAGCAUUGGCGCAGACACAGCUUUAAAUGCUAUUACUUAUGCGUUUGAGUGUCUGCUGCAGCUCUAUGAGGCCCGGACCAGCCAUGAGGACUUUUGCAUCCCGAUGUGUAUGCUGCCUGCCACCAUUAGUAACAAUGUGCCCGGUACUGAUCUGAGUAUCGGGGCAGACACUUCCCUCAAUGCCAUUGUGGAGACAUGUGACCGCAUCAAGCAGUCUGCCAGUGGGACUAAGCGGCGUGUGUUCAUCAUUGAGACCAUGGGGGGGUACUGUGGGUACCUGGCGAGUGUCGGGGGGCUGGCUGCGGGGGCUGACACUGUCUACAUCUAUGAGGAACCCUUCAACAUCAGAGACCUCCAGUCCAACGUCGAGCACUUGACAGAGAAGAUGAAGACGGGGAUCCAGAGAGGCUUGGUGCUGAGGAAUGAGAACUCCAACGAGAACUUCACCACAGAUUUCAUCUACCAGCUGUACUCUGAGGAGGGGAAAGGAGUGUUUGACUGCAGGAAGAACGUGCUUGGACAUAUGCAGCAGGGAGGUGCUCCUUCUCCAUUUGACAGGAACUUUGGAACGAAGAUUGCAGCAAAAGCAAUUCAGUGGAUUUCAAGAAAGCUAAAGGAGUCCUAUAAAGACGGGAAAGUGUUCGCUAACACAGAGGACACGGCCUGUUUGCUGGGGAUGCGUCGCAGAACCAUGGCCUUCCAACCAGUAGUGCAGCUGAAAGAUGAGACAGACUUUGCCCACAGGAUCCCUAAGGAACAGUGGUGGUUGAAGCUUCACCCCCUGAUGAAGAUCCUGGCUAAGUACAAGACCAGCUAUGAUGUGUCUGACUCUGGCCAGCUGGAGCCAGUGACCCGGGUCAGGCCCAAGAAGGCAGACUGAACAGACCAUCUAGCCUUGCUGACCAGCACAGUCUGACCAGCAGAUAUUUAGUUCAGACUAGAUAGGCUAGUCUGUAGAGAGGCCUGGGCUGCUCUGAGCUGAUCUAUUCAGUGUGACUUAGCCUUUGUCAUGGUAACUCUUACCAGCACUUUUCAGUCCAUCCCAUUCUCAUGUCUCCUCACAAACUCCACCCUUCAUCCGAAGUAUGCACUUGCACACUUUCUCUUAUGGAUUUUACAAUGGUGAAAACUGCUUCCAGCCAACGCUUAUGCUUUUAAAAUCAUGACUGGGAGUGUGCAAGUGCACACUUCUGGAAAAUGAUGGAGAAUCAGGAUGUAGCUUGAGUCUACUCCCAUAGGUUCUUCUUCCCUCCAUUUUCUUCUAAAGGGAGAGCUGACUGUCUCCCAUCACCUACUGUAGGUCUAUUCCACUGUGUGUUGUUACUCUAUACUUGCACUUUGUAUCAAACCUGGGCUGUGUGGCACUUAAAGGGAUAGUUCACCCAAAUAAAAAAAAAGAACACAGGUUUUCUUACCCUGUAAGCAGUUUGUGGCACUUAAGAGUAGGGGCUGUAUUCAAUCCGUGUUGCAGAAAUUCAGCGUUACAGCGUGAUUGAAGUGCAAUGUUCCCACGUUAGCUGCACAUGUCGGCUCAGUAGGAAAUUACCUUUACAUCGCUUCAGCGAUACAGAUUGAAUAGAGCCCUGGGUCAUGUUUGUUCUGCUGCUGUAUUAUGUUGCAUUUGUGAAAACCAUUAUUGUGCAAUAUUACCUUGUUCUAAUAUGUUGACUCACUGUGUGUUUUCUCCAAUUAAAGAAUACUUGUGAAACCUCAAUCACAUCAACACUAUUCAACAUGAGAUCAGAGGAAGGGCAUGUAAACCUCACAGAAUAGCAAUGCAUGUAGAAUUUUGUCUGGUAUAGAGAUGGAAGUUCAAAGCUUUGUGAAACCGACUGACCGCUGUAUUUGUAUUUAUUAUGGAUCCCCAUUAGCUGCUGCCAAGGCCGCAGCUACUCUUCAUGUGGUCCGGCAAAAUUAGGACAGUUAUACAAUUUACAUUCAUUACAGAAUUCACAACACACUAAGUGUGUGCCCUCAGGCCAAUACGCCACUACCACAUAUCUAUAACACAAAAUCCAUGCGUACGUGUCUGUGCCUAUGUUAGUGUUGCUUCACAGUCCCCGCUGUACCAUAAGGUGCAGCUUUGCCAAGAGUGUGCAGAGCUGUCAUCAAGGCAAAGGGUGGCUACUUUGAAGAAUCUCAAAUAUAAAAUAUAUUUUGAUUUGUUUAACAUUUUUUUGGUUACUACAUGAUUCUAUGUGUUAUUAACUAGUUUUAAUGUCUUCACUAUUAUUCUACAAGGCAGAAAAUAGUAAAUAUAAAGAAAAAACAUUGAAUGAGUAGGUGUGUCCAAACUUGACUGGUACUGUAUAUCAUAAAUGACACAUUGUUGUUGUAUUACAACAUGAUAAUUUAAUGGUCAUAUUUUAUACAAACACUGAACAGAAAUAUCAAUGCAACAUGCAACAAUAUUUUGGGGGGGACUGAGUUACAGUUCAUAAGGAAAUCAAUCAAUUGAAAUAAAUAAAUUAGGCCCUAAUCUAUGGAUUUCACAUGAUUGGGAACACAGAUACCUUAAAAAAAAAAGUAGGGGCGUGGAUCAGAAAACCAUUUGCCUCAUGUAGCGCAACACGUCUCCUUCACAUAGAGUUGAUCAGGCUGUUGAUUGUGGCCUGAGGAAUGUUGUCCCCCUCUUGAAUGGCUGUGUGAAGUUGCUGGAUAUUGGCGGGAACUGUAACACACACGCUGUCAUACACGUCGAUCCAGAGCAUACCAAACAUGCUCAAUGGGUGAGUAUGCAGGCCAUGGAAGAACUUGGACAAUUUCAGCUUCCAGGAAUUUUGUACAGAUCCUUGCGACAUGGGGCCAUGCAUUAUCAUACUGAAAAUAGCCCUUGAAGGUAAGCAUUUGCCCACUGAAGUCGCCAAACUGCAGUCAGGUCAAGACCCUGGUGACGAUGACAAGCAUGCAGAUGAGCUUCCCAGAGAUGGUUUCUUGCAGGAAUACUUUGGUUUUGCAAACCCUCAGUUUCAUCAGCUGUCUGGGUGGCUGGUCUCAGACCAUCCCGCAGGUGAAAAAGCCGAGUGUGGAUGUCCUGGGCUGGCGUGGUUACACGUGGUCGGCUGUUGUGAGGCCGGUUGGACAUACUGCCAAAUUCUCUAAAAUGACGUUGUAGGCAGCUUAUGGAAGAGAAAUGUACAUUCAAUUCUCUGGCAACAGCUCUGGUGGACAUUCCUGCAGUCAGAAUGCCAAUUGCAUGCUCCCUCAAAACUUGAGACAUCUGUGGAAUUGUGUUGUGUGAAAAAACUGCACAUUUUAAAGUGGCCUUUUAUUGUCCCCAGCACAAGGUGCACCUAUGCAAGUAUCCUGCUGUUUAAUCAGCUUCUUGAUAUGCCACAGCUGUCAGGUGGAUGGAUUAUCUUGGCAAAGGAGAAAUGCUCUCUAACCGGGAAGUAAGCACAUUUUUUGAGAUAAUUUUUUAUUUUUAUGUGCAUGGAAAAUGUCUGGGAUCUUUUAUUUCUGCUCAUGAAACAUGGGACCAACACUUUAAAUGUUGUGUUUAUAUUUUUGUUCAGUAUUCACUAUAUGUACCCUAUGGAAAUACAGUAUUUCAAUAGACAGAAGCCAUCUUUGAACAUACUUGCAUACAUUUAGAAGCCAGAGUUGAGUCUGUCUAGAAAGUACACUAAUAAAUGAAAUGUAUGUUGUCAUAAUUGUAUAUUAUGAAUAUGGUAUCGAGGUGAAGCAUAAUUGUAUCUAUCAGAGCAUCUGUUCUCUGUUGUGCGCAUUCCAUUUUUGCCCAAAAACCAAAUAGACUUUCUGGUUAAUUCAAUACAAUUCAAGUUAUAUUAUUACUGGACACAGUCCAGUUAUUCAGGACAAUCAAGUAACAUUGAUGUUCACCAUCUUAUGACACAGUGCCUCUGAAGUCGCUUAAUUGGAAAAUACAAAAGUGGAUAAUUCCAUGUCUGGUUAUUUUACCACCCAUGAGGGGUCUUUCUUGAUGGUGUCAUUCUCGGGGCCCAGAAUAGCAACUCCACAUGUCCUUUGUCCAAUGCCAAGGUACCUGGGUAAAACAUAAAUCCAAAAUAUUAAAAUGGCCAUUCUCUGCAUAUAACAUUUCAUUCAGUCCAAUAAUAUGGCUUACCUAGGGAAAACUUCGAAAAAGACUAAUUCUUGGUAAACUGUAGUUGGAGCACUCAAAAAACAGGUUCAUAUCUGUAUUACAAAUUCAACACUUGAAAUGAUAUUCAACCAAAACUACAUUACCUGCCAGCCACAUCGACAAUGUUCUUGUCUGUGACAGCAAAGAGUCUCUCUCUGUGGGCCUGUUUCAGCUCAUCUGUGAUUCCACUCAGGAAUCGUCCCAUACCUGCAACACGGUGGUGUGAUGUGUCAAGACAUGGAUUGACAGUCGGUCUAUUUCAUCUCUUUGUUUUGGUCCAUUUAUAACAUGUCAUUUAGAAGUCUCCAAUGAAAUGUAUGUCUUUGUAAACACUGUAAAUGUGUUCAGUGCUGUCCUCAUGUACAGUAAAAGUUAACAGGACAUAAACGAACAGCAUGUUAAAUGUCAGGUUGAGGUUUAGAGCUUGGACAACUCCAGGAGAGAUAAGGAAGGGCCCAUCUUUUGUCAGCUGUAGUAUUUGUCAUCCAGUGGGGUUUCUGUUCAGUAUGGAAGGCUCUGAGUGAGUCCCAAAUGUGACCUUAUUCCCUACAUAGUGCACUACUUUAAACCAGGGCCCAUACGGCUACUCAUAGGUCUCUGGUCAAAAGUAGUGCACCAAAUAGGGAAUAUGGGUGCUCUACCUUUAUCGGAGGGGGCGACGGGGGAGUCCACGGCUGAGAACAUGGACAGCUUGGCCUCAUUGAUGUCCUGCUGGGUAAACUGUCCUGAUAUGGCCCAGUCCACACCCUUACGGAACGCUGACAGAGUCUGCACCGUGUUGGGGUCUCUGAAAUAAACACAGGGACAUACAAAUUAAAUAUGAGAAGUUAUCUAAUGCAUUCAAAUUUUACAUUCAUUUUAAUUAAAUAACUCCCCUUAAUGUACUCUGAACAUUUUGAUAGGUUCUGACUUCUAAACGUGAAAUAUGAAAUGCAGAGCGUUUUCGUUCUGUCAGAACAUGUUAUUGUUAGACAUCGGGUAUCCUAUGGAAAGGAGAAGGGCCACAGUCUGGUUUCAGUUGUUGGGUUGUAAUUUGAAAUACUUGCUACAUCAGAAGUUAAUGGUUAUCUGUAGGAGGAAUGUAUAUGGUGGGUCUAUAAAGGUUGGAUAUGAGUCAGGGGCUUGGAAUGUUACUGAGGAAGGGAAAGGCAAUCACAUGCUUGUGGUCACUGAUAAGGGUGGAGAGCUGGGGAUUAGUGAGGAAUGGGGGCUGACGUCAGGUCAGGUCACAUGAAGGAACAGUUUAUUACCCGCAUCACUUAACUUCCUGCCUAGCAAUGAAGAUGUAAUGUUUAGAGAAAAGGAGAAGACUCCACCUAAAGUGGGGUACAUAUACAUGCACAUGUGGGAAAAUGUAUUUGUCUGUUCAGCUCUCUGACCCAUUGGGUGAAUAAACUUGGUUUUAGCUUUU